GCUAUCGAUCGGCGCGACUGCUUGCGCGUCCACGGUGGUCCGUGGCUCGUGCAGUAAACAGAAGACACGGGUGCGACUCGCUGGAGAGCAGCAAAUACGAUGCGCUCCCUGGUGGCGCUGUUGCUGGCCACAGCGUGCGCUAUUGCACGCCCGCCUGGGCCCUUAGCAACGGUGCCGACCCCAGCGGCGCCACCGCUCUCGGCCCCAUAUCGGAGACCUGUGACGCCCAUGUCAGCGCGGGACUAUGUCGGCGACUUCUUCUAUGAUCGAUUUAUGUUCCCUCACUUCCGAAACGACAUCAUACCCCGCGAGCCGGGCGCUGAGUCAGACUGGCUCACUAAGGAAAUAGACCGUAUUAAUCGAAUGCAAGAGGAAGAAGAUGGUGCCGCGGCGUACGAUACAGACGCCUCCAAGUGGAUCGCUCGCGAGCCCUACUUGGAGCGCGUGUUAGCCAACGCAAAGAAAAUAAUGCAAGCGAGGCACGCCGGGCAUGACUACGAGCCGCAGAUUUCUAACCCCAUUGAUUUGCAACUUCCCCUGCCUCAGUCACUUGUAGCGCCAGAAUAUAAUUCUGAUUACAUAGAAUCGAAAGAACUACAAGAUAAGCGAGAACAAUCGAACAAUCAACCUUCGAGGGAAAACAAUAGUAAUUUUGCGCUUACGCCGACUGAUAAAGGCUACUACGACGUGGAUUCUAGUAUGAAAAAUCAAACGCCAAUACCCAUGCAAGAACAUGUAAUGCAUGAAGGAGGUGAUCCUCAGACUGCCAUGCUGUUGGAGGCUCCGCGUCAGAUUCGUCAAAACCCUAUGAGCAGGUCCAAGACCCUCGUCGCUGAGAACCUCGACCGCCUUCGGACUGGCCUAGCAACCGAAGCGCUGCGCUUCAGGCGUGUGCACACUAGCUCCCACGAGGAGGGUCACUCGACCGCCAAGCCCAGACAUGUGCACAUCUUGGAGACGAGCAACGACCCUGCGGAGUCCAUCUACGGGGUGGCCCUCAUUGCCGCCAUCGGAGCCGCGAUCACUAUGGCCGUAUUUGGGUUCGCCAUCGGAUGGUACACGUUAUUCAAGAAAGCUAAAGCUGCGGCUGACGUAGACUACCCGGCAUAUGGGGUGACUGGACCAACGGUGGAUACGUCUGGCGACCGAAAACUGGCCCACUCUGCCCACAUGUACCACUACCAACAUCAGAAGCAACAAAUAAUAGCCAUGGAAAGGAAUGGAAUGGAGCAACGCAAUGGAUCCGUGUCCGACCCAGAAUCCGAGGAGGAAAAUGAAGAGGGAGACUAUACUGUGUAUGAGUGUCCAGGCUUUGCUACGACUGGAGAUAUGGAAGUAAAGAACCCGCUGUUCAGCGACGACCCCACGCCCGCCACCCCCGGGAAGUGCGAGGUGGUGAAGCCCCAGCCUAAGGACUAACUGCCCAACGUCACAUCAACCCUGAAUUUAUUAUGCUUAUUUCAAUAAUUAACUACUCACACCAUUCAAUAUAUUUUCAAAUAUCUGGCACAGAACGCAUUUUUUUUUUGUAUUAUCAUUUCACCACCAGCUGCAACAUCCUAAAUUACUAUAUCGAUAUGGUAAUAGCACUUUGUUUAAUGGAGAGGCUAAUAAGAUUGUUUUAAAAGGGAGUGCGAUGAUGGUUUCAGGGUUUCCUGUUGUGUCAGAUGUCCAUUCCAGGUUUUGCCUUGGUAAUCGGGUAGCCUUAAACGGCCGGUUGCCGGUCAAAAGUACCAAUAAAAAAAUAUUAAAGAUCAACUGGGCAACUGGAAUUAUGUCCGUCAUCUAGAGGGCACACAUAGAGUGGGUUUAAGCAGGGCAAAGUUUCUGAUCUUUUGAAUUUAUAAUUUAUAAUGUUUAGUAGGUAUAUUCUUCAUUAUAAAUGUAAUAAAAAUUUUAAUUCCAGAGCUUGAAAAUCAAUAUAAGUAAUUAAGAACAUUUUAUUGUAGAUUAGGAAUACCUAGCCGUUACAUGUGUGCUCAAUGUCAAGUCAAAAUAUAUUUCAAUGUAUAAAUUCUGUUUUUCUUAUCUUAAAUACUUUUUUUAUUGCUUUUUAUUUAUAUAUUUAAUGAAAAAAUGGCAUGGAUAAAGGCUUCGAAUUUAUUUAAGAUAAGUAUAUAUCUUAUCAUCCCGACCCAUUUAAAGUAGAAUAAACUAAGGUUACCUAAAUAAUUCCUUAUCAAUUAGAACCCUUGAAAAAGAAUUAUUGGUGACUGAUAAAAGGUUCACUUGUUUUUAAAGUACCUAAUAAAUAGAAUCUUAUAAAAACAACUUUACGCCUAAUUCGGCCUAAAUUAUCGAUUGAAGCUAUUAUCAUAUUAAAUUAAUGUGUGCCUCUAAAAUAUAGUUAUUCAUGUCUUUAUAUAAAUAACCAUGUUUCAUGUUACAAUGAACAUUUUACAAAAUCGAAGUCAAAAAUGCGUCAAUUUAAAUAACCUAAUAAUUAAAUUUUAAAGAUUUCAAGUGAGCCUUUCGGAAGGGGUACUCCAAGUUGUUUGUAUUAUAAUCAUAUCAGUGUUAAAUGGGCACAAAUUGGAACAAACUGAAAAACACCACUCCUAAAAUGUAGCUUAUGAACUUUUAAAAAAUAAGAUAUAUUUUUUAUUUUAAAAUUGUAAAUCUAGUUAUUAUUGUAGAACAAAUUUUAACAAACAGGAUUAUGUCACUACCUAUUAAAUAUAAAUCACAAAUGUUCCUAACCCUUCACAGAUUGUGAUUACUUUAUUUUUACUCAUAUGAAUUUGUAAUUAUUAGUCGUUUUAAAAUAUUUUCACGUACAAUUUAAACAUGCAAGGCUAUCAUAUAAAAUUAGUACCUGUAACUUAUUUUACACUAUAGGUACCUACGUAUGUUAAGGUAUAUCUGAAAUAAAUAAAUUGCUUAUUCUCA